AUGAGCAAGAAGGCGUGGUCGUCGACUUUUUUGGCUGAAUGCACAUCUGAUACAGACCAACGAGAAUGCAAACAAAAGGAGGAGUAGGUUUUUUGGGGAAAUUUACAAUAUUUGCUCGACUUUCAAACACUACAGUACUCUUCAGAGUGGUUAUAGAGAAAAACGAUCAACUACAAAAGUGUUGUGCAUGUCUAGCACAUCAUUUUUCCAGUUGACACUUUUUUUGUACAACCACUCGCACGCGUGCUGUAGCGUUUGCAAUUUAUCGCUGCAGAGGCAUCCCGACAGUGUUCACUCCGGUCCCGUCGGACGCCUCAUUUGUGCUCGCCGAGCACAAACGUCGUGCGCUGCCACGUGGAUGCCCUUCUCUCGUGCUGACGACGACGUCCGCGCGUACACCCACUGUGUCGGAAAGCGGCCGCGUGAUCCGUCUCGUGCUCGUCAAAGUGCACUUUAUGCAAAAGUUCUACACUUCUUUCGAGCUGCCCACCGAUCAAACGCUCGUCAAUCUCGUCCGUUUCGUCGUCAAGAGCAUCUCCAGAGAGAUGUGAGUACACUGUGUUUACUGUCGCCGCGUUUGUCAUGCCACACGGCGACGAAAAACGUAGAAAGGGGCGUGGCCUGCACGGUUUAUCACCAUUUUGGCGCGGAAUUCGAAAUUUAACCCCCGAUUUUUCACAUGUUUUUCGUCAAAAAUUACGCAAAUUUUGUACGGGUUUCGACGAUGCGAUUGCAUAAAUUUGUUAAACUAAUCAUCGCGCACUUUUUGAGAGCUUAAAACGAGCAGGUUUCAUUCAGAAAUGAAUCAAUUUAAUGGGGCUAUUCAGCGUAUGUUUGUUUUCCAAUUUUUUCGUUUUUUUACACCGCUGAAUUGGGUUUUUUGACGUAAAAAAAACGAAAAAAACGGAAAAAAAACUCAUUUUUUUCACAGCCUGAAUAACCCCAUAAUCGAUUUUCAAGUUUUGUGCUGAAAAUGCGCGAAUUUCAGCCAUUCGCCGAUACUUUUUGCCGUUUGAACGCUUAAAAUACUUGUAUUAAAGGUGGUGUCCAACGUGACAUACAACAUAUUUUUAAAAUAAACUUCGAAGUGGGGCAUUCACUUUCCCGAAGUCCCGAAUUACAAAAAAAAUUCCCCGAUUUUUAAGAUUUUUUUCAAAAAAGUUAAUGGUACCGAGAGAAGUACACGGCGAAAUGGAAGAGCCGGCCUAGAUUUUUCAAGUCCACGGAUGGAAUUCCCUUUUCUUCCGAAUUUUUUCCGUUUUCAUGCAAUUUUCUUAAAUUUUCAAUCGUUUUUUUCCACUGAACACACUUAUUUGCAAUAUUUUUUUAAAAAAAUUAUGAUUUUAUCUGUGCCGUGACGCCAAAAAAAUCGAUAAUCUGAAACUUUUUUUGUUGUUUUUUUCCGGGUUUUUUUCGCUCAAUCUUCGGUUUGCGCGCUGAAAAAAAUAAAUAGAGUUUUACAAAAAAAGUGGCUGAAUUUCUGAAUUUUGCUGAAUUUUUGAAAGUUUCAGAUUAUCGAUUUUUUUGGCGUCACGGCACAGAAAAAAUCAUAAAUUUUUUUAAAUAUUGCAAAUAUGUGUGCUCAGUGACAAAACGAUUGAAAAUUUAAGAAAAUUGCACGAAAACAGAAAAAAAUCGAAAAAAAAGGGGAAUUCCAUUCGGGGACUAGAAAAAUCUAGGCCGGCUCUUCCAUUUCGCCGUGUACUUCUCUCGGUACCAUUAACUUUUUUGAAAAAAAUCUUAAAAAUCGGGGAAUUUUUUUCGUAAUUCGGGACUUCGGGAAAGUGAAUGCCCCACUUCGAAGUUUAUUUUAAAAAUAUGUUGUAUGUCACGUUGGACACCACCUUUAACGCCACGGUCUCCCACGGCGCGCGAAUGAUUUCAAUAGGGCGCACUUGCAACAGCGGCGGCCGAUUAAUUAAUUUUCAACGGGAGUUCGCGCGUUCUUUCCAUGUUUUCUGUACAAUACACCUAUUUUUUGUUUGUCUGGAACCUGGAUUUGAAUAAUUAGAGCACUAGCUACGUUUUGGUAACAGAAAUCUCACAUAUCGUUGAGAAUUAGCCGAGUUAUUUCGAUUUGAAGGUUUUACGGCCUGGAUUUUGAUGUUUUUCGAAUAGUUUCGCGAAAACUGCUCAAGAAAACUAACCGCCGGAACCUGAAUUUUGUGAAGAACGAUUCAGCGAACAUUUUUAUCGUUUGUUGGGCUCAUAAAAUGCAAAAUGGGCUGAAAUAUAAAGGUUUGAAGUUUUGACGAAAUGCGAAAAAGACACUAAAAACAUGAAAAACACUAAAUUCUGUAAAAAACGGUUUCAAAUCAGUAAAAUAUUGUUUUCUAGACGUUUUUCAAGUCAAAAAGAAAGAAAUAAAGGUCGUAAACUCGAAUUAGAACUGCAUUUUUAGACCUGCAAAUUUUCAAAAGUUACAACGACACUCCGCAAUUUACGAGCGCACUGUGUUUAGCAUUAGCUUUUUAAUGUCUCUUUUCUUUCGUCGAUAUCUCUAAUACAAAAAUAUCGAAAAAGUGUGCUGGAAUUUUGCGGCAAUUUUCAGAAAACGCGGCGUCUCAGAUUAGGCCACGCCCCUUUUCUACACUUUUUCGUCGCCGUGGGGUCGUAGCCAACUUCCAAGGACCACAGUAUCCUCGGGAGUGCGCAUAGAGAAAAAUGAUCAAGUACAAAAAUAUAGUACGAGAUGUCAAGAUUUCAAAAAACCGCUUUUGAGACGCAUACAACGUCACCGAACGCGACAAUACUCGUUCAAAGACACGCCCCUCCCGUUGUUGCAGAAGCAACAAGUUCUCGUUCUACCUGUACGCCUCGCCGUACGACGUCAUCUGGCGUCGUCCGCGUUGCGAAUUGAUGCAAAAGCCGCCGCGCUCGAAUAUUUUCCGCCAAAUGCUCACUCCGUCGCAGGCGAACCAGACGCUCGGCUCGGUCAUCGCCGACAUGAAAUCCGAAGGCGUCGACACUUUGAACGUGCACUUUUUCGUCAAAAAUAUGGAGGAUGUGAGUGGAGAUUGUGGCGUCAAAAAUCCGUACAAAAAUAUUGUAGGAUUAUGUGGCGAAGGACGGAAAUCCGCUGGCGAGAACGUGGAAGUUUCAGCAGGUUUUGGAUUUGUGA